UGUCCAGUCGUUAGGAGUCACUCCAGAAUUUUGUCCAACUUGUUUGUGAUGUGUUUUAUGGCGGAGGAUGUGUAUUCCUCUGCUUGUAAAGCUUGGAGGCUGUACAUGCGGCCAGCAGCAGCUAUAACACAUCACUAGAACCAGGAUAAGUAGCAGAAUAGUGGAGAUAAGAGAGGAUACAAGAGAAAGACAAGUGGGUGGCGUCAGUGGUAGUGGCGGCCGUGGUGGACUAUGGUAGUGGCGCCGCUCAUGUUUCCUACCUCCUACUUUACCUAUUUUAACACACAACAACCACCAAGACUAUGCUAAGAUGGAGGUGGACAUCAACGAGGUGUUGGCUGCCGUCAGCACGCUGUACGACGCUGAGCUACACGAUAAGAUCAAGCACGACCAGGCAUCAAAAUGGCUAGGACACCUCCAGAGAUCGGUACAAGCUUGGAAGGUAGCAGAUCAGUUGCUACAUGCAAAGCGUGAUGUCAACUCGUGCUUUUUCGCUGCACAGACGCUUCGUACCAAAAUACAGUUGUAUUUUGGUGAGCUGCCAGUGGAGGCCCAUGCAUCCCUCAGAGCUUCCAUGUUGGAGCAUCUUGGUCAUAUCACCGAGCAUACAUACCAGGGUAUUGCUACCCAGCUCUGUGUGGCUUUGGCUGAUUUGGCCCUACAUAUGGCAUCCUGGGAAGAUCCUAUCGGGGAUUUAAUAACUCAGUUUGGACCUAUGUCUAACACUCCAAACUUAGUUCCUUUACUGGAAGUCCUGAUAGCACUUCCUGAAGAACUCCAUUCCAGACAGUUACGAUUAGGAUUAAACAGAAGAAAGCAGCUUGAUGAUUACUUCAGAAGGAAAGUUCCUAGUAUAGUAGAAUUACUGCAUGUUGGUGUAAGUACAGAAGGAGCCACCAAAGAGAGUACACACCUGAAGGCGUUACGUUGCAUGGCCUCUUGGUUCAACAUCCACACAGAAGAAUGGGUCAUGCUUACUAACACCUGCCUUGUCAGUGACAUACUAAAUGUUGUUAGAAAUCCUCAGGUCUCACCCAGGCUACAUGAAAUAGCAACAGACUGUGUGUGCUCUGCAAUGAUCAUGUUAGAGGCAGAGAGAAUCCAGCCCCUGGCAGAGGUACUUUUUGCAGGUGUCUUGCAGCUUGGUGAGCCAUACCACAUGGCAGUGGCUAUGGAGGAUAUUAAUGCAAUAACGAAUUAUGCAAGGAUUUUCUCAGAGCUGGGAGAGACCUUAGUGGAAGUAAUGGUAGAGCAACCUGACCAAGGAUUGGGGUCACUACAGGUUCUUCAUCUUCUCCUAACUUGCAUAGGACACCAUGAUUGGGAGGUUGCAGAAAUUACCUUCAACUUUUGGUACAAACUCUCAGAAGUACUUUACAGAAAAAACUGUGACAAUGUUAACGAACAGUUCAAGCCUUAUGUCGAACGCUUAAUUGAGGCUCUGUAUCGCCACUGCCAGAUAGAGCCUGACCACGAGAGUAUACUGGUUCAGCAGGAUGACUUCUACGAGUUCCGGGAGCGAGUGCAAGAGUUAAUAAAAGAUGUGGUCUUUAUUUGUGGAUCGAAGCUGUGUUUUCAGCAGAUGGCACACAUACUCCAGUCUCCUGAUAUAAGCAAAAACUGGAACCUCAUGGAGGCUGCAUUAUUCAUCAUGCAGAGCGUGGCUAAGAAUCUUGUACCAGAGGAGAAUGAGGUAGUCCCACCCAUCUUAGAAGGAUUGCUGAGCCAGCCAGAUGAUAUACACUUGCAAGUUGCAUUUACAUCUGUGCAGUUACUAGCUGAACUCAAUGAGUGGAUUGCCUGCCAUCCCAAUUUACUUCCUCUUGUGCUUCAGUUCCUCACUAAACGACUUCAUAAUAAGCACCUUGCAACUGUGGCUGCCAAGGCUUUGGAUGCAGUGUGUCAAAGUUGCCGGGACCACAUUGAGCAGCAUUUUGAUGGACUAAUGCACAUAAUAGCCUCUCUUGACUCGUUCAGCAUCAGUAAUGAGGCGGUGGUUGGGCUUCUGAAGGGAGUAGCAUCAAUUCUUGGAAGAUUUCCUAAAGAAAGAAUUAAAGAAGAUAUGAAAAAGCUCUGUUUGGUUCAAGUGUCUCAUAUUCAGAAACUAAUUGAGGAAAACAUACCAAUAGAAAAGAACACAAAAUCAGAUCCUGUGGUGUGGUUGGAUCGGUUGGCUGCGAUAUUUAGAAAUGUUAAUCCAAUUGUCCAAAAUGGAGAGCAACAUCCAUGUCAGGAAGUGGUUAUGGAGGUUUGGCCAACACUCUCACUGGCGUUCCAGAGAUACAGUUCUGAUUUACGGGUAAUGGAGCAUUGCUGCCGCUGCUUGCGGUUUGCAGUACGCUGUGUGCAUCAGCACUCGGCACCACUUCUCUCACCCCUUGUUGAACAGAUUGUUGGAUUGUAUGCUGCACAUGGGCACAGUUGUUUCCUGUACCUGGGUAGCAUUCUGGUGGAUGAAUACGCAAGUGAGCCUGGUUGUGUAACAGGCCUCUUGGCCAUGCUGGAAGCUUUUACACAGCCAACCUUCAUCCUUCUCACACAGCCUAAUGGAUUCAGAGAUCAUCCUGAUACUGUUGAUGAUUGGUUUAGAUUGUGUGCCAGAUUCCUUCAGCGAGCACCAGUAGCCUUCCUUCAGUGUUCAGCCUUAAAUACAAUUUUGGAGUGUGGACUUCAAGCAUGCAUGCUGGACCACAAGGAAGCAAAUGCAGCUGUAUUGAAGUUCUUUCAAGAUCUAUUGGAGGCAGGACGUAAACACGAAGACCGACCGAAUUUCGAAACUCGACACACGCUGGUCGUAAAUAUUUUUAAUACUCAUGGUGAGAGUCUAGUGAGCAACCUCAUUAAUGCAGCCAUCUUCAUUCUCCCUCAAUAUAUGCAUCAUGAUGUUGCUGAAACUUUCUUCCAGAUUAUGCAAUUUGACCGUCCAAAAUUUUGUCUGUGGUUAGAGGCCAAGUUGAAAGUGUUACCAACAAAGAAUUCCGGUGGUGUGGAGGCAAUUACUCAAACUGAGUUGGUAGAGUUCCACAAGGCUGUCACACAGGCAGAGCGCACUAAGGAAAUUACCAGAGCGCUGGUAGACUUUUCCAGAUUCUUCAGCUGACAUGAUGGACAGCAUAGAUGAAAGCCAGUGAGAUGGCUGACAUGACUGACUUGACACUUGUCUUGAGACUAAUGCAAUGGACAGCAAGUGCAUUGAAAGGCAUUUUCCAAGGUACUGUACUAUAAUUGACAGGCUGCUAAAUAUGACCUAAUACUCUGAGUGCUGCAGUGAUUGAGAUAUGUAUUCCAAUUUGAGUUUUUAAUUAUCUAAAUCUGAAAAAUUACAUUGGCUUUGUGACAGUCUUCAAAUUUUUCUUUCUGCCAUGUUUCCGGAGAGUGAAUAUAUUGAGUUUAAUAACCGUGACACACUAUUAUAAUGACCUUGAAGAAAUGCUCGGUCAUCCGGUGUGAUGAAGAUAACUUAAGAAUAUAUAUAAUGAAUGCUUUCAGGUUGACUACAAAAUUGUAUCAAUAUUAAACUUAUAAAGCUUUCUAUAAUUACUAGAUGAAUUAAAUUGUUAUUUUGUGACUAUUACACUGGGUAUUUAUGGUCAAAAUUUAUUAAUUUUAGGAUUAAGUUAGAAAUGUGGUACUUGAAAAUUUUGCUUUUUGGAAAUUUACAUACUGGACCUGUAAGAGCUUGGUAAAUUUGUUCAAUCAUAGGUUUGAAAUGAAGUAGCAUUCACCUUUUUAAAAAGUAGAUUUGAUUUUAUUAUUGUUUCUUUUUUGUAUGAUCAUAAAAGCUAUUGCUUAAUUUAUAAAUGUUGAAGAAGCAUAUGCUGAAUUCCAUAUAAAGGCAUUGCUUCUUUCUUGUGAUAAUUGACAUGCAGAACCCUUCUGUGUGAUCUGAAGAAAUAAAUUGUGCCUAGGACUUUGGCAUUGUGCAAUGCUCCUGUGUUGAUAGUGUGAAAGAUAAAGUUGAAACUGGAUCAGUGUUGAGUGUCUUGCAUAUAUCUUGUCUCAGGCCAGGUAGUGUUAAUAAGAUUAGAGUCAAAAUUUAAAUGGGACAAACUUGCAUAUUUUGGUAGUUGAUACCCAUUAUAAUUUUAACCAUGCAAAAAACAACAUGCAUAAUCUACAUAGUUGCUUGUGUGGAGUUUUACAUCUGGCUGAUUAACAUGACCACUUCAGAUAAUACUUUGUAAUAGCGAUGCAUCAUUCCUCUUCUGUUGGCCACUGAUACAUUCUAUGUACCUGGGUGAGUGGAGGUCAGAUUUGCAAGUAAUUUUAAAUUUUAAGGUGUGUAGGAAAGAAGGGCACUAUUUUCAGGAAGUAGGCCUUAGUUGUGUGUAAUGGCUUUAUGGUGGUUCAUUAUAUUGAUAGAUGGGGUUAUUAAAAAAAAAGUGUAUACUAGUGUUGGGGAAAGGUUUGAAAUUGAAAAAUAAUUUUAAUACAGUGGGAAUCAUCAGUUACUCUCUCUCAUUGACAGUUCUUUUUUGGGAGAUUCUUAAGAAAAGUUACAAAGGUUAGUGGUAUUUAAGUGGGUGUUCAAAAGAAGUCAACUAAAAGUGAACAUAGAAAAGAGCAGCCUGAUAAGUUACAAAAAGUUUAGGUACUGAAGUACUGGAUAUCUGUUAAAAUGGUUUAUUGAAAGAUGACGUGAACCACAGAAAAGGUGAUUUGGGGGGGGGGGGGAGUAGGUAGCUGGUCUGUUGAGGCUUCUGUGGUAAGAAAAGCUUUAUGGUGGCAAAAAGGGAAAUAUACCAGAGUAUAGUGGAACCAGCACUAGUAUGGGUGUGAGACACGGUCUUGAAACAUUGCAAUGAGGAAGCUGAAGAGAUCAUGUUGGAGAGCAAUAUUUGGUUCAUGAAUAUGCAGAGAAAGAGGAGCAUAGUAAUUAGAAAACUGCGGGGUUACAAAACAUAUAAUUCAGAAGGCAAAGGGGUUGUUGAGGUGGUUUGGCAAUAUAGAAAGGAUGGCACGAAUAGCAUCAAGAGUGUAUAAAUUAAGGAGAGGAGGAAUAGGGGUUGUCUUAUGAAAUGUCAGGGAAAAGGGGGGGAGGGAGAAGUUGUAGGUGGUAGAGGCCUAAGCAUCCAGGUGUGUUUAAGCACGUUAGCUUGAAGUGAGCGAAGAUAAGUGGUUUUUAGAGUUUGAUAUAGUAUUGGGGGUGUGAGCAUGUUAAAAUUGUGAAACUGGUUACCUGGCUUCAAUUCUUGAGGUGGGAAGUACAGUGCCUGCAGUUCAUAGGAGUGGGAUAUUACUGUUCAGAGGGUUAUCUGAAUUGUAAUACCUGUACACUUCUGGCAAGACAGCUACAGAGUGAAUGAUUGUGAAUGUGUGUCCUCUCUUUUAGGUCAACCUACAUUGGGUGACUGUUGGCCAAUGUAGUAAAAAAAAUUGUUAAAGCCUUUUUCUUUGUAGAUACUGGAGAUGCUCCACAUGAUUCUUAAAGUAAAUAAAAGAAUAGCAAGUUAUUUUGGAGCAGCUAUUUGCUCAAGGACACAGUUUAAUAUGACAGUGAUGUCCUGAGCAGGAGCACUGUCAAGGAGUCAUGCUUCUGCCCCCUUCACUGUUCCAAAUGACAGUGUCAGUCUGUCCUUUUUCUUUUCCUCCUCACUAUUGAGGCCUCUCUUCCUUUCCCAUCCAUUUAUGGCUGUUACCUAGAUACAUUUUUGUUACUUCAGGUAAAUACAGUUGUAAUUACUUUGUAGACUAUGUUUGCAUUCCCUUUGUGCAUGAGAAAGUUUCACAUAUAAAAAAUUAAUAGUGUUUAUAUUAUACAUUGAGCAAAUUUGGUAAGCAUAACUGACAUGCAGUGGUUAUAGAAUAUGAACUUUUCCUCUCAAAAUUAUGAUUUAUAAAAAUACUGAAGAAAAUGCCAUGUGAGACAUUCAGCAAAUUAUGUGCAAUAAUAUUGUGCAUUUUUCAUAUAAAGUAAAUAAUUGUUGCUAAAUAUUAUAACAUCAUUGCUCUUAUUUGUAUAUAGGUAUUGCUAAAUAAACUUUUAAUAACUAUUAAGAAGUAAAUGGAUUCUACCAGAAUAAAUAUGCUUAUAAAUAAUGUAAUCAAAAUAUUAAGCAUGAACUAUUGAAUAUGUAUUAAUGAGAAAUGUAUAUAGAAAAGGCUGAGAGAAAGAUUGUGUUGAUGAUUUGGGAGAAAAUUUAUUUCGAAAUGUCUAAAUGCUUGUUUUAGGAAGAAGUACCUGCUAAUCUAAGACUAUGUAGUGCAAGUAUAGGAAGAGCGACAAAACUUCAAAUAACUUGUUAUGCAAUGAGAAGAGGUUCAAAUGAAUUGGUAAUAAAUCUUAAGUUAGAGAUAUGGCAGAAAAUGUUGUUAUUGACUGAGGCAUAAUGUUCAAAAGAAUUUAGGCUACAAUCUAGCUAAUUCCAUAGAUGCACGAAAAAUGAGAGCAUAUUAUUGUACCUAAUGAGUGGUGACAACAUAACUCAAGAGGUUUAGAUUAGGCUAGGUAAGGUUCGUCAGGAAACAGGACAAGUGUUUCUUGACGCGGGUCUUAGUCAGAUGAUAACCCGCCUUUGGAGAUUUGGUCAUCUGACCGAGGCCUUCCACUGGCUUACCGGUCCACCCCUUUAAAAAUAAUAUAUAUUCAAGAGGUUUGAAGUAAAAUGAAUUUCGUACAGCAUUUGAAGUGCUAUCAAUGCAGAUUUGAAAGUAUAUUCUAGAUAUUUGAUGGCUUAAAGUAUCCCUGUAUAUGAAUUAAAGUGAAAAGGAAAAUGUGUGAAUAGA